UUAAUCAAUUAACCGAUCAUGUCAUCCUCCAAGUUAGACAAGAAACCCAAGAGAGAAAGAGAAGAGGAGAAUGUGUUUGGCGAGAUUGUCAAGAAGGACAAAAAGGUGAAAAAGGAGAAGAAGGAGAAAAAGGAGAAGAAAGAGAAGAAGGAGAAGGAAUCUGUCGAAGCUCAGGUCCCCAAAAAAGCCGAGUCGAUCAAGCACAGUCUCGAGAGCUACAAGUACACCGAAAACCCUGCUCUCACUGCUGUUCCUCAGGAGAAGAUUGACGAGUACCUUAAGAAAGAGGCUGUCGACAUCCAGGGCGACCUUAAGCUCCGUCCUAUUCUUGAGUUCUCUCAGACUCACUUGCCUGAUGGCCUCAUGAAGGUCUUCAAGGACUUCAAGAACCCCACUCCCAUCCAGGCCAGCACCUGGCCCAUCACUCUCUCCGGCCGUGAUGUCGUCGGUAUUGCCGAAACCGGUUCCGGAAAGACCUACGCCUUUACCAUCCCUGGCCUGGUCCAUAUUGCCUCCAAGUUGCGUCUUGGUGUCAAGGGCAGAAAGCCCACCAUGUUGGUCGUUUCCCCUACCCGUGAGUUGGCUAUGCAGAGUCAGGAACAAGCUGAGACUGCCGGUAAGGCCAUCGGUGUCACCACUGUCUGCUUGUACGGCGGUGUCCCCAAGGGCCCUCAGCAGGCAACCAUUGCCCGCGGUGUGGAUAUCAUUGUUGCUACUCCUGGUCGUUUGAUCGAUUUGAUCAACGAGGGCAGCUGCGACCUGAGCGAGGUUGAUUUCUUGGUUUUGGAUGAGGCUGAUCGCAUGUUGGACGACGGUUUCGAAAACGAUAUCCGUGCCAUUAUUGGAUACACCCCCAAGACCCGCCAGACUCUUAUGUUCUCUGCCACCUGGCCCGAGUCUGUCCGCAAGCUCGCUGCCGAUUUCCUCAACAACCCCAUGCGCGUCACCAUCGGUUCGGCCGAUUUGUCUGCCUCGAACAACAUCCAGCAGAUCGUCGAAGUUCUCGAGGACCCCAGAAGCAAGGAGAGACAUCUUUUGGAGCUUUUGAAGAAGAUCCACAAGAGCAGAAAGAACCGUGUGUUGGUGUUCGCUCUUUACAAGAAGGAAGCCACCCGCAUUGAGAACCUCUUGGUCCGCAACGGUUUUAAGGUUGUAGGUAUCCACGGUGACAAGAACCAGAACGAUCGUUCUUUGGCUCUCAGCCAGUUCAAGGAUGGCUCUUACCCCUUGAUGGUUGCUACCGAUGUCGCUGCCCGUGGUUUGGAUAUUCCCGAUGUCGAGUACGUUGUCAACCUCACUUUCCCUCUCACCAUCGAGGCCUACGUCCAUCGUAUCGGCCGUACCGGUCGUGGUGGCAAGAAGGGUACUGCCUACACCUACUUCACUCCUGAAGACAAGGCUCACUCUGGUGAGUUGAUCAAUGUUCUCAAGCAGGCCAACAUGCCCGUUCCUCCCGCUCUUCUCAAGUUCGGUACCACCGUUAAGAAGAAGGCUCACGGUGCCUACGGUGCUUUCUUCAAGGAUACUGCUGAUGCCCCUAAAGCCACCAAGAUUGUCUUUGGCGAUGAUUAAGUAGUAGAGCUUGUUCUUUUCUUUUAUACUUUUUUUGUUUAUUCAUUUCCAUCACAUAUGUUAUCUUUUUGUCUGUCGCUAUCUCUCUCUCUCUCUCCACUAUUUAUACUUUUACAUUUAUUUCUUUUUUAUUUUACUCAUCCCAAAAUAUAUAUAUAUAUAUAUAUAUAUAGUUGAUAGAUUAUUUUGUUUAAUAUUAUUUUGUCCUUUUUUAUUAUCAUAUUUUAUUUCUCUCAUUGAUAAAUAUAACACAAUUAUCAUACGGAUUCUAUCUGUAGAUACAUAC